GGCGGGGUCUAGCCCGUAGUGGGGAGGAGCUCCACGCCCCGGGAGCUUUGGGCCCUAUAAGCAGAAAGUGAAUUUCACCCACUGAAAAUCCACGGAAGCUUCCUGAGCCAUGGCCUGUACUGGAGGUGCAGAGCAGAAACGGGGUGCUAAGCUAUGACCUGAACUGGGUUCCCAUGGCCUCCUAGCUCCAUUCUUGGCCUGAAACAGAUGUUCAGUAAGGUUCACAUUGGAUUUCUUCCUGACUUCAGUGGCUCCUGGUCCCCUCAAUGUUUCCACUCCACCUCUCCCAGUAGUUCAGUGCUUUGUGUUCAAUGUCGAGUAUAUGAAUUGCACUUGGAAUAGCAGCUCUGAGCCCCAGUCUACCAACCUGACUCUGCACUACAGGUACAUGAGAUCUGAUAAUGAUAAAUUCCAGGAGUGUGGCCACUAUCUGUUCUCAGAAGAGAUUACUUCUGGCUGUUGGUUACAAAAAGAGGAGAUUCAGCUCUACCAAACAUUUGUCGUCCAGCUCCAAGAUCCCCAGAAACCUCAGAGGCAGGCUGAACAGAAGCUAAACCUGCAGAAUCUUGUGAUCCCCUGGGCUCCGGUGAAUCUAACACUUUACAACCUGAGUGAAUCCCAGCUAGAACUGACCUGGAACAGCAGAUAUACAGAACGCUGCUUACAACACUUGGUGCAGUACCGGAGUGAUCGAGAUCGCGGCUGGACUGAACAAAUAGUGGAUCAUGCACCAAGAUUCUCCCUGCCUAGUGUGGACUGGCAGAAACUGUACACAUUCCGAGUUCGAAGCCGCUUUAACCCACUCUGCGGAAGUACUCAAUACUGGAGUAAAUGGAGCCAACCAAUCUACUGGGGGAGCAAUGCUUCAAAGGAGAAUCCUUCUGUGUUUGCGCUGGAAACUGUGCUCAUCCCCAUUGGCUCCAUGGGAUUGAUUAUUACCCUGGUCUUUGUGUAUUGUUGGUUGGAACGGGCCAUGCCUCGAAUUCCCACCAUCAAGAAUCUAGAGGAUCUGGUUACUGAAUACCACGGGAACUUUUCGGCCUGGAGUGGUGUGUCUAAAGGACUGACUGAGAGUCUGCAGCCAGACUACAGUGAACGGUUCUGCCACGUCAGUGAGAUUCCCCCAAAAGGAGAGGCUCUUGGAGAGGGGCCUGAAGAGUUUCCUUGCAGCCUGCAUAGCCCCUACUGGCCACCCCCAUGUUAUACGCUGAAGCCUGAAGCAUAAGCCUCACUCGCCUGAUGGAACUUUAGGGUCCUAUAGCCCUAAGUGCUAUUAACUGCCCUCUGCCAUCUUUGCCAAUCUGGAUCCAAUGCCCAUUGUCACCCUCUGGGACUAAUUUUGAAUUUUAUGUCUCAUGUAGCUGCUCCUCCAUUCAGUAUAUCCUACUUGGGAAUUGCCCCUUAUCCCUUUUUGCCCUGUACAAGUUUCUCAUCUCCUCCAAUCUGGCCCUCUGGCCUUUCUUCCUCUUUUUUUUUUGAGAUUUUAAGACAGGGUCUCACUAUGUAGACCAGGUUGGCCUUGAACUCACAGAGAUCCAUCUGCCUCUGCCUCUGCCUCUGCUGGGAUUAAAGGCAUAUGCCACCACACCUGGCCCUUCCUCUUUUAUAAGACAGAGUCUUACUCUGUAGCCCAAGGAUACUACUACUCUGUAGUUCCAAGGAUAGCUUGGAACUCACUAUGUAGUCCAGGUUGGCCUUUAACUCAUGAGCAAUCCUCCUGCCUCAGCAUCCUGAGUGCUGGGAUUAUUGGCAUGCACUGUCAUGCCCAGCUUGGCUCUUCUCUUUUUACAGAAUUCUUCCUCCCUUCUUACCUACUUCCCUUCUUCCCUCCCUCCCUUUCUCUCUCCUUCUUUCUACCUACCAUUCAAUUUUUCCUGAAUCAAUGAGCAAUAAAGUUUCUAUGGAUAAUCA